AUGGUAUUUCUCCUCCUGUCCAUAUUCCCCAUGGUCGAUGGCGGCCAUUAUGACUGGGAGCAUGCACGGUUCCCUAGUACCGAAUUCUUAUCAAUCAGACCUGGUGAAAGGUCCCUCUUGUGGCCUGAAUCGACUAUCCCCCUAUGCUAUGACAGUGAUGAGACUCGGGAUAUCUUUCACGACAUUCUCUGGGCUGCAAUGCGAUUAUGGUACGCAGCCGGCUUGCCUGAAAGUUUCCGACUGUUAGAGAUCAACCGUCUGAGUUGCAUCCACAACCCUUGGGAAUCGGUGUAUGUUGAGCACACACGCGACUUACUAGCUAGUGCUAUUGGUGUGCCUAUCAUCAGCAUGGACGGUACUUCACAUUACCCUGAACUCAGUAAACCUACUCUCCAAGUGUUUAUUGAUCGAAAGAACAUGGAAUGGACUAUCAAAGCAAUUGCCCACGAAUUGGGGCAUACAUUCGGACUCCUACAUGAACAUCAGGACCAGUCAUACUGGGACGUACAUGGCACUGAUCGGGUGUUCAAAUUCAAUUGUAAGAAUCUGAGGGACUUUGAGGAAGUCACUGGAGGACUGACCACUGAAGAAAUUUGGGGAGAUGAUGGCAUCUGCAGAGACAUGCACACGGCUGAGAGCUAUGGCUUUAGCGCUGCUGAAUGGCUUCCAGAAGAUGGUAGCAAAGCAUACUCAUCGCACGGGUGGUGGGCCAACUCUGAUAUGGUUGAUUGGGAAUCUCUUAUGAUAUACCCGUCGUAUGGUGAUAGCAUUGAUGAGGAUAAACUCCCGGUUCUUAGUCGGAAAUAUGAUGGAUGGACCUGGGACUCGAACUGGUCUCCCAGUAUUGGAGAUGUGGCCGCAUUGAAGACACUCUAUCACAGCUUGUUUACCAAUCCAUUGCUGCCGUUCUGGAAUGAUGUUCGGAGCCCUUACUUUGCCGUCUUUCGCAUAUACAGCUCUUGUUGA